AUACUAUACAAAAGCAUUCAGUUUUCAUUUAACUCGUCUAAGGUGUAGAUCGAAAAAUCACCUGCUAAGUAAACACCAACGAUCAAUCGGUUGUGUUUAAAACGUUUCAUACGUGUUCAAAAGUGUGCGAACUUUGGUUUUAAAAAAAUACCAAUAUAAUAUAAAAAAAUUAAAGAAAUUUUAAACUUUGUACAUUUUUUUCUUACUUUUUGAUUGCGGUUUUUAAAAAGCUUUUUCCAAAUAUUCCAUAAAGAGGAACUUGCUUCGAUAAUCUUCAUUUAUAUAAAAGCUAUUUAAACUCAACCAUUAUUUAUUAACUACUAAACUUGUUUAUUAUUCGUUGAAAAACUUUGUUAAAAAAAGAAAAUGUCAGCAAAGGCUAUUACUGAAGCCACCGGCAAGGAUAUUUUAAAUCGUCAUUUAAACGAUAACGGCGCUGGAGUACAAACAUGCCGUUUUGCCACAGUUAACAUGAAAACCGAUUGGUCCCAAUUGGCUGUUGAACAACCCUGGCUUUUGAAUACGCCUUUGGUAGUAAAACCUGAUCAACUCAUAAAAAGACGUGGUAAAUUAGGUUUGAUUGGUGUUAAAAAGAACUUCCAAGAAGUACAACAAUGGAUUGGCGAACGCAUGAACAAAGAUCAAGCUAUUGGCAAUGCUGUGGGAAAACUAAGAAACUUUAUUAUUGAACCCUUUGUACCACAUACAGAUGCCGAAGAAAUGUACGUUUGUAUUUAUUCUCAUCGUUCAGCCGAUACCAUUCUCUUCUAUCAUCAAGGUGGUGUUGAUAUUGGUGAUGUAGAUGCCAAGGCUUUAAAGUUGGAUAUACCCGUUAAUAGUGAGGUCACUAUGGAAGAUAUUAAUGCUAAGCUCUUAACUGAAGUACCAGCUGAAAAAGAACGCAUUGCCAAAUUUAUUUUUGCUUUGUAUAAAACUUUUGCCGAUUUAUAUUUUACUUAUUUGGAAAUCAAUCCUUUGGUGGUGACAGACGACAGUAUGUAUAUAUUAGAUUUGGCGGCUAAGCUGGACUCAACCGCCGAUUUUAUAUGCCGUCCCAGAUGGGGUGAUAUUGAUUACCCACCACCCUUUGGACGUGAUGCUUAUCCUGAAGAAGCUUAUAUUGCUGACUUGGAUGCCAAGAGUGGGGCUUCUUUGAAGCUAACUAUACUUAAUAGAAAUGGUAGAAUUUGGACUAUGGUUGCUGGUGGCGGUGCUAGUGUAAUUUAUUCCGAUACUAUAUGCGAUUUGGGUGGUGCUUCGGAAUUGGCCAACUAUGGCGAAUACAGUGGUGCACCCUCUGAACAGCAAACCUAUGAAUAUGCUAAAACUAUUUUGAAUCUUAUGACCUCUUCGCCCAAACAUCCCGAUGGCAAAAUUUUAAUUACUGGUGGUGGUAUUGCUAACUUUACCAAUGUCGCAGCCACUUUCCGAGGCAUUAUUACUGCCUUGCGGGAAUUCCAACAAUUGGUUGAACACAAUGUUUCCAUUUUUGUGCGUCGUGCUGGACCUAAUUACCAGGAGGGUUUACGCAAGAUGCGCGAAUUUGGCAGUUCAUUGGGUGUUCCCCUACAUGUUUUCGGUCCCGAAACACAUAUGACUGCUAUUUGCGGCAUGGCAUUGGGUAAACGCCCCAUACCACAAACAACCAGUGCUGAAUUUUCCACUGCCAACUUUUUAUUGCCCGGUGGACAAAAUGCUCAACCAGAAUUGAGAACCUUAACUGGAGAUACUGGUAAUAAUGGUUUAGGCUCACCACAACAAUCGAUUAAACUACCACCUAUCUCGGCAGAUAAUGUUAAAACCAACGAUGUGCUUGAUAGUGUGGUCAAUGCAACAACUCGUAAAUUUUUUACCAAACAAACUAAAGCCAUCGUUUGGGGCAUGCAACAGAGAGCUGUACAAUCUAUGUUGGACUUUGAUUUUAUUUGCACGUCCGUGCCAGCCACCUCCGUUGUUGCCCUGGUCUAUCCCUUCACCGGUGUCACAAGCAGCAAAUUCUACUGGGGUCCAAAGAAAUCCUUAUUCCUGUCCUACAAGAAAAUGUCCGAUGCCAUUAAUAAACACAAAGACGUUGAUGUCAUGGUAAAUUUUGCUUCUUUGCGUUCCGCUUACGAAUCGACCAUGGAAGUUUUGGAUUAUCCACAAAUACGUACUGUGGCCAUUAUUGCCGAAGGUAUCCCCGAAAAUAUGACACGCAAAAUGAUUGUGGCUGCCAAUAAGAAUGGUGUAGCCAUUAUUGGACCCGCUACAGUGGGUGGCGUUAAGCCAGGUUGCUUCAAAAUUGGCAACACUGGUGGUAUGUUGGAUAAUAUCCUACAUUCCAAGUUAUAUAGGCCAGGCAGUGUGGCUUAUGUCUCCAGAUCCGGUGGUAUGUCCAAUGAAUUGAACAACAUUAUCUCGAGGCAAACUGAUGGUGUUUUAGAGGGUGUUGCCAUUGGUGGUGAUCGUUAUCCUGGCACCACAUUUAUGGAUCAUAUUUUGCGUUACCAGGCAGAUCCCGAGGCCAAGCUUAUUGUGCUUUUGGGUGAAGUUGGUGGCACCGAAGAGUACGAAGUGUGUGCAGCUCUCAAAGACGGUCGCAUCACAAAACCUUUGGUAGCUUGGUGUAUAGGUACCUGUGCCAGUAUGUUUACCUCUGAAGUACAAUUUGGCCAUGCUGGUUCAUGCGCCAAUUCGGAUAAGGAAACAGCUUCGGCUAAAAAUAAGGCUUUACGUGAAGCUGGCGCCUAUGUGCCCGAUUCAUUUGAUUCAUUGGGUGAUUUGGUGCAACAAGUUUAUGCUGAACUAGUUAAGUCUGGUCGUAUAGUGCCACGCGAAGAAGUACCUCCACCAACUGUACCCAUGGACUAUGCCUGGGCCCGUGAAUUGGGUCUCAUCCGUAAGCCCGCCUCUUUCAUGACCUAUUGUGACGAAAGAGGUCAAGAAUUGAUUUAUGCUGGUAUGCCCAUCAGUGAAGUGCUCAACAAGGAUGUUGGUAUUGGUGGUGUAAUUUCAUUGUUGUGGUUCCAACGCUGUUUACCUCCUUAUGUAUGCAAGUUCUUUGAAAUGUGCCUAAUGGUAACAGCCGAUCAUGGUCCAGCUGUAUCGGGUGCCCACAAUACCAUUGUCUGUGCACGUGCCGGCAAAGAUUUGGUAUCAUCUGUUGUCAGUGGUCUGCUAACAAUUGGUGAUCGUUUUGGUGGUGCUUUAGAUGGCGCUGCUCCAUUCUCCGAAGCCUAUGACUCGAAUUUACAUCCCAUGGAAUUUGUUAAUCAAAUGCGUAAAAAUGGCCAAUUAAUUAUGGGUAUUGGUCAUCGUGUCAAAUCCAUCAAUAAUCCCGAUGUGCGUGUUAAAAUUAUCAAGGAAUUCGUUUUGCAAAAUUUCCCAGCUUGCCCAUUGCUCAAAUACGCUUUAGAAGUAGAAAAGAUUACAACCAGUAAAAAGCCAAAUUUGAUUUUGAACGUCGAUGGUGUUAUAGCCACUUGUUUUGUGGAUAUGUUACGUAAUUGUGGUUCAUUACAAGCUCAGGAAUACAUUAACAUUGGCGCCAUCAACUCACUCUUUGUAUUGGGUCGUAGCAUAGGUUUCAUUGGUCAUUAUAUGGAUCAGAAACGUUUGAAACAGGGUCUUUACCGUCAUCCUUGGGAUGAUAUUUCCUAUGUCAUGCCAGAGCAAUUUAAUUAAAUAAAAACCCAUUUAAAAAUUUAGCUACAGUUCAGUCUUUAAUCAUCCUGCUGUAUGUGUGAAGAAAGGCUCAUGUUUCUUAAGGCUUAAAAAAAUAAAACAUCAAACAUCACAGGCAAAAUAAAUAAAUUAGUUUAUCUACCUUUCUCAUUGAUAUUACGUUUAUGUUCUUUUGUUCAUUACUUUUUUCAUUCCUUUUAUUUCCUCUCUUCUUUGUCAAAUUCAUUUCCCUUUAAGAAGUUAUUAAUCUAUUCUAUUUUAUUUUUAUUACAUUUUUUACACUUUAAAAGGCAUUUAUUAUUUCAUUUAAUUAUUAUUUAAAUAAUUUGUUAUUUUCCUUUUUUCAUUUUGAUACUUAAUUUGUAAAAUGAACAUUAUUACACAAUUAAAAUGUGUAAUUUUUAUUUAACAUUCUAUAAUGCUUAUAAUUAAAAAAAAUAUAUAUAUAUUAAAUGUUCUAUAUAAAAUAAAGAAAUUACACUAUUUUCAUUGAAAGUGCACUCAAAAA